AUGUUUAGACGCUCUGUGAUCGGUCAGACAAGGUUGUUUUCCACCGCCCGUGCGAUUUUGGGCAAGAAGGUGUACUUUGAACCAUCAAUUAAUGGCACCAAAGUUGGCAGAAUUGAGUUCGAGCUUUACGAUGAUGUAGUUCCAAAGACAGCGGAGAACUUCAGAGCAUUGUGUACUGGUGAGAAGGGUUUUGGUUACAAAGGCGUUCCAUUCCACAGAAUCAUCCCACAAUUUAUGCUUCAAGGUGGUGACACCGAUCUCACCGACGGUUUUGGAGGCAAAUCCAUCUACGGCUCUAAAUUUGCAGACGAGAACUUCACCAAGAAGCACGAUAAAGCCGGUUUGUUGUCAAUGGCCAAUGCGGGCCCUAACACAAACGGCUCGCAGUUUUUCAUUACCACGGUUGAAUGUCCAUGGUUGGACGGCAAGCACGUAGUAUUCGGUGAGGUGUCGAAGGGUAUGGAUAUUGUGAAGCAGAUCGAAGCCUACGGUACCAUGUCUGGAAAGCCAAAGGCCAAGAUCGUCAUUGAGGAAGCGGGCGAAUUGUAG